AUGAAGAAAAAGAUAGACUUGGUUGAUGAAGAGCACGGGAGCGAGGAUGAAGAAAACGAAAUUUCUAAUGAUGAAAGCGACGAUGAAGAAUCAAGAAUAAAAAAUGUUUUGAGUCAUCUCUCCCAAGCGGUUUCGGUAAAGCGUGCUUCCGAAUUGCUGCAUAGUAUGGCCGCUUCCAAAGAUCUUUUAUUCUGGAUUCCCCGCGGACAAUUACUUCGAAAUAAACGUAUAAUUUCCGUCACAAACAUUGCCGUAUUACUUGAGUAUGUGUUACUACCUCAUAACAGUGACGUAACCAAACCUCGUGCACUGAAUACGUUCCUAGAUGGACUUGCGGAGUUAGGAAUCGAUAAGGGUUUAAUCAAGAACAAAAAGUUGCUAAGUGAUUUAAUAGAAAAAGAAAAAGACUAUCGAAAGACAUUCUGUGAAUGGCAAUGA